GGGGCAGGGCAGCCGCGCAUUCGAAGGCGGAACACGCCAGGCCAACGGCAACUGAGAAGCUGGGGAAAGCUCAACGGGAUGUGGGACAACUUACUGUUGCUGGGUGAAUGUGGCCAGGUGGGCUGUGUGCUGGGUCUGAACAGAGAGUGGCAUGGCUGGAUCAGUGCAGAUGACUCGGCGCAACCAGCUUGGCAUGAAUGGUGGGCGUGGACAAGUGGAUGCAGCCGAAUAAGCACAGAACAAGUCACCACAGCCAAUUGGACAUGGGGACAACUUGGCACCCCACCAGAAGAAACCCUUCAUGUGCCGGCUGAUGGGAUGUGGGGAAAAGGACAAUUUGUGAUGAGGGGAAUCAUUGCUGUGGGACAAUCAGACCAAGCAGAUAGGGAAAGAGACACUUCCCCUCACCAGAAGAAACAUUGUCCCAUUCCAGAUCCAAGAUGCAGUGGGUUUGUGGAGCUCAUAACUAGGACUAGCUUAUCCCAGCAGGAGCCUUCCUGCUUCCCAGGAUGGAAGUACACCCUGGUGAGCACCCAGAUUAUCCACCGCAAUGAGUCUCUAUCAUAUCCAGAUUGUGACCCUGCUGCUGCCAUUCUAGGGAUGACUGCUUGGGAUAUCAGAUAGAGUGCUUCAUGAAUGGGCUGUCCCUCUGCCUGCAGCAUCUCCUACAAAGAAGGGAGGGGGUAACAGUAAUUUCCUAAACAACAACCCCAUGAAUUAGGCUGACCUGAGAAAGAGACAGGGAGGGAGGGAGGAGGAGGAGGAAGGUGACUCCUCAGUUGCACAAACGGUUGCUCCUAUAUAAAUAUAUAAAAAUUAUAUUUUUAUAAUUUCAAUGAAUGCUCCAUUCUCCAUUUUCAGUUUGAGAGGUUUCAUUUCAAAAUUUGAGAGAUGGGUUCACAACACUGCACAAAGGGAAAGAUGAAGAAACCACGCUGAGCAUGUGAGGAUGCUGAGUGCUGAAUGUGAAUUCUACAUUUAUUUAGAGUUGUAUACCCAUACAAAGUACUAGUCCUUUCACAGCAAUCUCAUUGAAUCGGGAACAAACUCAUCCUCCACCCCAUUUGUAUAAAUCCAGAGAAAUGGGGAAAAUGAAAGAAGAAAAGGAGGAGAGGGGAAGGGGGGGGAAGAAGAGGAGGAAGCGCACACAUCCAGUUGCACAAAUUACCAUUCUCAUUUUUUUAAUGAGUUUCCUUUCAAAGUUUGGGAACUGGGUUCACAAUACUGCACAAGGGGAAGAAUGGAGAAACCACAUUGAGCAUGUGAUGAUGCUGAAUGUGAAUUCUACAUUUAUUGCUGGGAAGGGAUUUGUACUUCGUAACGAUUUAUCAUUCUAAAUAAAUUUAGAAUUGGGCUGGGCUGGGAGGAAGGGGAAGAUAUCCUAUAAAAGGUCUUAAGGCUGGCUCGGGACUAUCGCCUCUUUCUUUGGGGGCCGAGACUAUUUUCUUCUGCUAUCUUUUAGGCACAACUUAGCGCUGUACAUCUUUAAGUACCAAUAGAAGCAAGGUGAACAGGUUUUUUCUUAGGAUCUUUCUGUCACCCAACCUCUCUCAGACUUCUGUUGCCUUGCCUCCUAGAAAUGUGUUUGUCAGGCUUACUCCCUUCCUUUUCUGUAGGGGAAGCUGCAGGCAGAAGGCCAGCCUUUUUAUGGAGUGUGCUGGUUGAUAUCCCAAGCAGUCAUCCAGAGAAUGACAGCGGCAGGGCAAUAAUCUGGAUGUGGAUGGAGGCUUGUCACACAUGCAGUACAGGUGCUUGUCACACUGUGCACCUCCUCUUGGGAGGUGGGGCUGGCCUGUUUGGGCAGGUCAGCCUUAAUGAGCUCUGCCACUCCACUGCCCCUUGGGCCCAGAAUGGGACAGUGUUAUAUUGUUAAACCUAAUAUAAAAAUUUCCUUAAACACUUCACAAUAUUCUGUUGUAAUCAUCAGCUGAAAACCUUUCUAAAACCAUACAUAAUUUUUUAAUCUUUAUCUGAAUGUAUUUAAGCAUUCCUGUAUCAAUCAUAUAAAUUCAUGUAUGUGUUCAUUAUGCUCUGCUAGUAUUUAAGUAAUAUUAACCUUAGUAUAUUUCUAUCCUUUUGCCUGCUUUGACUCACAUGAUACACUUCUCAAAGUAGGACUGAUUUAUAGCUAUAUUUACCAUGUGUAACAGUAUCAUAGAUGGAUAGAUAGACAGACAGACAGAUAUAUGCAUAAUACAUACAUGUAUAAAACUUUCCAAAGAACAUUUGGAUUUAUCAUGGUGUUUCAGGGAUGAUUUUGUUUGUUAAAUUCAUUUGCUACUUAUCUUGCUAUGGGGCUAUUCUAGAUGGCCUACAACAAUAAAAAGGAAGAAAAGAGGAUAAACAAAACAGAAGCAAAAUAAUGGAACAAUGAAAUAAACAAUGAAAAAAAGGGGGGAAUACAUGAUGACAAAAAGAUGGAUGGGUGGAGAGUAGAAAGCGUGGUCGUAGGUGGAGUCUACCAUCAAUCCACCAGCCACUUCCAGCAUGGACUCCCUCAUUUGGUCCCUUGGCCAAUAGUAGAGUCAAGUUUUUAGGCUCUUAUGGAAGAGUGGGGGCAGUUCUAGGGUAAGAACAAGGGCAGUUGUUAGAACCCCCUAGAGUACGGGUGUCAAACUCGGGGUGUCACAUUGCUGUCAUGAUGUAUCACAACAUUUUCCCCUUCGCAGAAAUGGGAUAGGCGUGGCCUGCUCGUGAUGCAUCUGGGCCGCAGGCCGCAGUUUGACACUCCUGCCCUAGAGGGUAGGCUGUUCUAAAGGACGGGCAGUACAGCAGCUCUUCUGGAUUCUGAUAGUUUGAGUUCUUUGAUGGGAUCCCUAGAGGCCCUCUCUGCCUGCAUGAAUAGGACUGGCUUGUCCUAGCAGGAUGAGAUAAUUCAUCAGGGAGCCUGGACCUAAGAACUUAAACACCUUCAAUUGCACUCAGAAGCAGACCAAUAACUUGAAGCUAUCCUAGAAGCCACAAAAGACUGCUUUUGCUGCCAUGAAUUCUAACUGAAAGACAUCCAGGAAAUCUUUCAUUUGAGGAUCCCCUGGAGCUGCUGAGCAACCACCUUUCCUACCAAUUUCCCACAAAAGGGGAGAUGGAAGACUGGAUAAAAUUGUCCAGGUAGCUGAAGUCAAGUGAGGAUAAACCAGUGCCUCCUUAAAAAGUCCUAGGCAUGUUCCUUCUUGAAGUGAGGAAUUUAUCAUUGCAUUUUUCCACCUGCUGGUCACCAUCCUGGAGGCUUUCAUCAGCCAGGAGGGACAAGGAUCUAAUUGAAGAUGGUUGAAUUGACACUGCAGAGAACCCUGUCCACUUUCUUAGGUCCAGCAAGGUCAAAUCACCCCCCAUAUUACUUGGCAAGACACAUCCCUAGGCAUCUUAUAAGGACUAGCAACUUGCAAUGGUUCUAACUGGGAAAACUCAUAGUGAUUUUAUACAACAGAUGUUUAACAAAUUCUUCCUGGUUCUGAAGAGGAAUACCAAGCCCCCACUGUGGGAUUUUAUAUGACAAAAUAGUGGCUGAUAAUGACAGUGGAUUCAAAUUAAUGUUUUGUUAAGGGCUAUUUCUUGCACUUUGUUUCCUGAUGAACAAAUAACAAAUAGGCAAUAAUCAAGUCUGUAACUGAUUUUGGCAAUCAAGCCUGGUGUACCCUCUUAAGUUUAUUUCUAAAGAAUGUCAUUCAGAGCAGGGAAUGCUUAAAGCUCUACAUGGCUUAGGACCUGGCUACCUUAUAGAGUAUCCGUUUCUUAUAAUAUCUCUGGUCACAGGGUUGAUUCAGUCUGGUUUCUGUUGAUUAACCAGUAUCAUUGAUGGCAACCUCAGAAGUGCAUCUUCUCUAUACCAGUGCUCAGCUCCUGGAAUAAAAUUCCCUCUAAAAUCUCGUCGUUUCUGGGUCCAGUGGUCAGGAUGGGGAAUCAGGGUCACUCCGAUUUGAUUGAUUGAGUCUACUAACUGAGAAGCUCCGCCCCUCCGCCUUGCUUCCCAGCUUUCUGACUCAAUCCGAUUGAGAAAGACACGUUUGAGCUGAGCUCCUGGCAAAGGAUCCUUCUUGCGAAUUUCUUCCUCCACUGACUCCCAGAUCGUAUUAGUGAGCAUUCCAGCGAGAAGGGCUUUGCACCCAAGACCACUGAGGGCCAUUCUGGCUUGGGUGGGGGCUGGAGGUUUCCAGUAGGUUGAGCCUGGCUCUCACCAGGCGCGAAGGGCUAACCCCCGAAUCUGCUCGCAAUUGCGGAGCUUGGAGACCCCUUGGGGGUUUUUUCCUGUUGGAGUCCAUUAGAGCCUAUCCAUGGUUUACGCAUUUUUACAUCUCCCUGCGCAGAAGAUUUCUUCAUUGGAGAGAUCGGCAGCUCCCUCGAGGAAGUAGUGGCGCCGGAGGCUUUCGUUGCAACCACUUUGGUGGUGAAGCUUCCGAUCGGUGCAAACGGCUCCCGGACUGUUUCUGGACUCCGUGGGUGGACCAGGGCUGCUGGUUUUCUCCCCGUUCGGCAAUCGGCUGUCCUCCAGCUUCAGGAUGGCCUCGCAGAGAUCCUCCAGAGCUACUAAACAACGCCUUCAGGGCGAAGAGGCUCGGGGACCUGCCGCUAUUCCUUCAAAAAGGAGCAAGAAAUCCCACCAUUCUGCUGGCCCUUCUAAAGCCCCACAAUCCUCAGCAGCUUUGGCUAAAGAGGAAAUGAAGCUUCAUAAGGCUAUUGAAAAGGCCAUCCAGAAGGCCACUAAGGCAGCCUCCUUACAGGAAAAUAUCCUGCCUAGUCCUCAACAUCUUGUUUUCCCUCAACCAAGAGCCAUCUCCCCAACAUCCCAGGCCGCUGUCCCAGCCUUGUCUCCUGAUGGAGAUCCUCCCCUAGCUGAAGAUCAAGCGGAGGUCAAUGCCUCUCUGUUUGGGGUUCAGUCAGAGGUUCAUUCCAAGCCCGCACUUUCUGGAGAUUCAGGGGUCCCUGAUCAACCUGAGAAUUCCUCAGGUCAGGCCCCUGCGGCCCCUGAGGCUCUUAUCACCCCCAUAUUGGCUUCCUACAUACAGGAAGCUAUUAGGGAGGGAGUUAGACAGGAACUGCUCCAGAGAACCUCUUCAUGGGUAUCCGAGCAGGCCUGCUCUCAGGUAGAUGUUGAGGGUUCUUUAGCCUCUGCUGAUCAGGACAUCCUUCAGGCUGGGGGCACCCAGGGUGCAGGUCAGAUCAGAGCCACUUCAUCCUGUCAAUCUGACCAAGGUUCCCUUACUGGAGCUGACCUUCUGGAUCAGGAAAUGUCAGAGGAUGAGGAUUUAGCCCCUGACCAGCCUGCAUUUAUUGGCCUUUUCAAACCCCAGUUGUUUCGGUCACUCCUACACAAGGCCAAGAUCACUACAGGUUUGGGGAUUUCUCGCCCAGCUGAGGUCAAUCCGAAGGAAGGAGUUCCCUCAGCAGUUCCCUUAUUCGAGGAACCUUCAGUUGAGACAGAGGAGAUUCCAGGACCUAGACUUUUUAAAGAGGUUCUUCAAUGUCAGUGGUCCUCUCCUGCCUCGGGUCCCAGUCCCAAUGCAGUGGAUAGACGCUUAUAUAAUUUGGCACCUGAACUGACUUCUCUAUUACAGGUCCCUUCUGUUGAUCAGCCCAUUGCGGAAUUGUCCUCCACUUCCAACAUAGCCGGAUCCCCAGAGGAUAGCCUCCGCCCAGAGGACAGGCAGCUAGAAAAUUCCUUGGUUAGAUCCCACCAGGCUACGGCCUGGUCAGUUAAGUCUGCCAUGGCUGCUUCCUUUUUCAAUAGGGCCUCCAUUCUUUGGUUGCAUCAGCUUCAGGCUAGACUCCCAAUUUCAGAUGUGCGUUCUCAACAGGACAUUAGUAAGGUCAUUGUCGCCCUAGAAUAUUCAGCGGAUGCCACAUUAAAUUCAUCCCGCUUUGCGGCCAAAGCCAUAGGAUCUUCCGGGGCUGCCCGUCGAUUGCUCUGGCUUCGCCAAUGGCAGGCUGACUCCAAAUCUAAGUGGCACUUAGCUUCGUCUUCCUUUGGGGGCACUAAACUUUUUGGAGAGGCUCUGGAACCACUGCUAGUUGAAUCCAAGGAUAAAUGCCGUGUCCUCCCGAAUUUGUCCCGUAGGUCGGAAUUUCAAUCCCACUCAUCCUUUCGGCCAGGAGGGAGGCUUCACGGGUUCCCCUAGACAACGUCCCUUUCAACCUACCCAGUCCCGAUCUCAGGAUCGCCAAUGGCAUUCGUCCUCCCGGGGUCCAGGUGUUCCUUUCGAGGGGGCCGGGGGCGGGGUUUCUGCAGAUCCCGCUGACGGCUUGGUCAGGCUUCCCAUCGGUGGCCGCCUGGCGUCCUUCGCCAGCCGAUGGGAGGCUACCUCGUCAGAUGCUUGGGUCAGAGAGACUAUCAGGUAUGGUCUCUCGCUGGAGUUCCUCUCUACCCCCCCAGACCGAUUUCUGCGUUGCCCUCUCUCUUGGGACAGGGCAUCCAGGCUUCUGGUGGCAUCAGCCGUACAUCAUCUCUUAGAAAUUCGGGCCAUCGAGCCGGUGCCUCAGGAGCAGCGUGGACUAGGCUACUAUUCACGCCUGUUCGUUAUUCGGAAAUCGUCGGGGGGCUGGAGGGCAAUUCUAGACCUCAAAUCCCUAAACCGCCGGAUCGUAUACCGGCGGUUCAAAAUGCAAUCUCUCCAGACCAUCUUGGAGGGUAUCAGGAUCGGAGACCUUCUGACCUCCAUUGACCUAACGGAAGCAUACUUGCAUGUCCCAAUCCACCCCUCCCACCGCCACUUCCUCAGGGUUUGUUUCGCCAACAGCCAUUACCAGUACAGGGCACUUCCCUUUGGCCUCUCCUCGGCCCCCCGUGUGUUCACAAAGUUGAUGUCCGCGCUCGCGGCGCAUCUCAGAACGCUUCCCAUAAGGAUGCAGUUCUACCUAGACGAUCUUCUGAUCCAGUCCACCUCGGUGGAGAGAGCACACCACGACCUGGACACCACCCUCUGGGUUUUGAGGAGCCACGGUUUUUCAGUCAACCUGGCCAAAAGCCAUCUGAUGCCAUCCACCCGCAUCCAGCACCUGGGGGCCAUCAUAGAUUUGAAGGAGAGCAGGGUCUAUCUCUCUCAGGACUGCCUGUCCAGCCUGCGAUCUCUGGUCAGGUCAGUGAUGGCGGGGAAGGGUUCUUCCCUAGCGUCACUGUCUCAACUCCUGGGGAAGAUGGUGUCAUGUAUCGGGAUUGUUCCCUGGGCCCACCUCCACUGCAGACAGCUACAGUGGUUCCUCCUUCCCUAUCAGAAACGACAGUUAGGGACCUCCCUCCGGAUUGUCCGUCUCCCUCCCAAGGUUCUCAGGUCCCUUCAAUGGUGGAAUUCGGAGGCUCUUCUUCGGGGGAGGGAGUUCAGGGAAUCCCACCACCUGGUCCUGGCCACAGAUGCCAGCCUUCACGGCUGGGGAGUCCACCUGACAUCAUCCUUCACCCAGGGCCGUUGGACCAGGUCUGACCUGGCGCACAACAUAAAUUGGUUAGAACUUCGGGCCAUCCAUCUGGCCCUGAGAGUGUUCACCCACAAGGUUCAGGACAGACAUGUUCUGGUCAGGAUUGACAAUGUGGCCGCCAAGGCCCACAUGAACCGUCUGGGGGGGACCCGGUCUCAGUAUCUCAUGGAGGAGGCCCGAGAGACUGGGGAACUGGGCCGAGGCUCAUCUGAAGUCCUUGAGAGCAUUACACAUUUCGGGAGUAGUGAACACCCAGGUGGAUUGGCUCAGCCGAGUCACCGUGGAUCCCGGGGAAUGGGCCCUGGAUCUGGAUCUAUUCACAGAGAUCACGUUGCUGUUCGGGAUUCCGGUGGUGGACCUGUUCGCCACUCGGGACAAUCGUCAGGUGAGGAGAUUCUUCUCCAGGUUUCCGGAACAAGAAGCGGAAGGCGUCGAUACUCUACACAGCGGCUGGCCUCCCGGACUCCUGUACACCUUUCUGCCCCUUCCUCUGAUAGCCAAGGUCAUCCAGAAGAUGCUGCAGGAGAAGGCGGAACUGCUCCUGAUUGCUCCCCAUUGGCCUCGUCGUCCCUGGUUCGCGGACCUGAGGGCUCUGUCCAUUCACCAUCCAUGGCGUCUUCCUCUGGACAGACUCAUUCUGCGCCAGGGAUCUCUCCUCCAUCCAGAUGCCGGGUGGCUACAACUCACCGCCUGGAGAUUGAGCGGCGCCUGCUGAGUGACUGGAAGCUACCUCCCAGGGUCAUCGCCACCAUCCAAGCGGCUCAUCGACCCUCGACGACCCGUAUUUACGACUCCACAUGGCGAAAUUUCUCGUCCUGGUGCCAGAGGAACUCCAUUACCUCCACAAAGGCCUCCACAGAACAGGUUCUGAUAUUCCUUCAGGAACGCCUGGAUGCUGGCCUGGCUCCUAACACACUCCGCAGGCAAGUAGCGGCCAUUUCGUCCAUCCUUUGUUGUGGGCCCAGGGUCUCUCUUUCCAGUCGCCCCCUUAUUAGACAGUUCCUCCGGGGAGCAUCUAACAUCUGCCCUGCUCCCAUUCAUAGAUACCCUACAUGGGAUCUCCCCAAGGUCCUAGACGCUCUUACGAGGGCACCAUUCGAACUGCUCAGAGAGGUUGGACUUCAUUUCCUAUCCUACAAGAUGACCUUCCUUCUGGCCAUUACCUCAGCUAAACAGGUGUCAGAACUAGCGGCCCUUUCCAUGCGGGCUGACCUGUGUAUCUUCCACCCGGAUAGGGUAGUGCUUAGAUUAGACCCUACCUUUCUCCCUAAGGUCAACUCUCCCUUCCACCGGUCCUUGGAGAUUAUCCUGCCCGAUUUCUGUCCCAACCCGUCUCAUCCCUCAGAACGGGUUUGGCACACCGUAGAUGUCAGGCGUGCCCUGCUUAUUUAUCUUAAGAGGACCUCCACCAUAAGACAGUCAGAAUCCCUUCUGGUAUCCUUCCAACCAGCCUCUCUAGGCAGGAAGGUGUCCUUGCCCGUCCUAGGGCGCUGGAUCAGGGCUACCAUAGCCAAGGCUUACAAGACCCAGUCUCUUCCUGUUCCUCACCGCAUUACAGCCCAUUCCAUUCACAGUGCUGCAACGUCGGUGGCUUGGGCUACUCAGGCAUCCAUUGAGGAGGUCUGUAGGGCCGCCGCCUGGGCUUCACCCACCCCUUUCAUUAGACAUUACCGGCUUGACCGUUUUGCGUCGGCAGACGCAGCUUUUGGCCGUAGGGUUCUGCAACAGGUCCUUAGGGGGCAAGCCUCUCCUCCUCGGCAGGGUCCCUCCCUCUAGGGCCUUUGCUUGGGCAUGUCCCCAUCCUGACCACUGGACCCAGAAACAACGAGAUUGGGCAUUGACUUACCUGAACGCUUCAUCUGGUUGUUCUGGGUCCAGUGGUCAGCCCCUCCCUUUUUGGAUUCUCGUCGAUUCGGCUGGCCUGGUCGGUCUACCUUUAUCUCUGACAGCUCUACGUGUCAGUCUACUGUAUCGUCUUUCAUCAUAAAGCUGGGAAGCAAGGCGAAGGGGAGGAGCUUCUCAGUUAGUAGACUCAAUCAAUCAAAUCAGAGUGAGCCUGAUUCCCCAUCCUGACCGCUGGACCCAGAACAACCAGAUGAAGCGUUCAGGAAGUACCUACAGCGGGGUCCUUUCAGCAAUGCCAAGAAAGCCCCACAUCCAUUUGCCCUACUCAGGUGACCCUAAGGACAAACCUCCAAGUAGCAUCAAGGACUCUCUAAAAGAAUGCAAAUGACCAGCUGUCUGCAAGGAAUAUAAAUCCUUCUAUUCCCCACCAUUCAGUCAGAGCUGAAGAAACUUCUUGGAUGAGAAGUGAAACUUCUUCAAAGAAAAACAAAGUCCAGUUGCCUUUUGAAAAAGUACUUUUGGGACGUUACAUUGGAAAUGUGGAAAAAAUGAAGGGUCAUUUUUAUCCCAUAUGGUGGACUUGUAAAAAAGCUAGAAAAUUCUUAAUCCAAAUAUAUACAAUGAUAUAAAAGAAUUUUAAAGAUUAAGAAUCAGUUGAAACAGAUUUUUUUUUCAUUGGGAUUUAUGAAUAGUAAGUAAAAAAGACUCAUAGAAGAUUGGGUUUUUUUUAACCUAGUAACAUUUAUUUCCUUAAUCUUUAUGAGCAGCAGCUAACGAAAUAAAGCACUAACAAGGAAAUCUGCAGUACAAUCAAAAUCACAAGUACAUUCUGUUGACAUUCUUAAAUGUUGCAAAAACAAAAAAGAAGAGCCAUAGAUUUACUACUGUGGAGCACAUAGUAAAAGCCUUGCAUAAAUAAUUCAUUUCUCAAGUGAUUUCAGAAGCAGAAGACCUGAUUUCCUACUUACAGUCUUGUUGCUGAAAAAAAAAGUUAUCUUUGUUCGAGCAGCAAAAUAUCCAACAGCACAACUUGAUAUACUGUAGUCCCUAUCAAAAGAGGAGUAAGGCAGACCUGUAUUCUCCUUUAAUUUAACUUUUAUUUUGGACCAGCCCACACUGACUAAAGAUGCCAAGUGAGAUUGAGAGGGACAAUGAAUAAAAACAGUCUACUAAUUCAACUGAGGAUCUGAAAGAUACAGAAAAAUAAUCAGCAAAAGAAACCUUUUUAUGCCAUCCUGCAUCAGCAUCAAGGCAUUAAUCCUUGCUGAACUGAAAAUAACUUUUCCUGAUCUGAACACCUCAGAUUUUCAGAAUUGAAUGAAUAGCUGAUAAUUAAUUAAUUAAUUUUGAUUUUAUAAGACCCAACAAUGAAUUGGAAUAUUUAGUGAAGAAACUGAAUAAUUUUGAUGCACUGGUUGGUUUUAAGUUAAACGAAAAACAAAAAUUAAGAACAUAAAUGAGAAAGUCAGAUUUUAAAGUUGAGAAAAAGAUUAAAUAUUUUGGAGGUACAUUAACUAAUACACAUUGUUAGUUAUUUCAAGACAAUUAUGUGACUGGAAUGACAUUAAAAAUGACAUAUUAAGAUUCAGCUAUCUUUGUUGGAAAAACGUAUAUAAUUAAAAUGUAUAUUUUACCUAAAAUGUUCUUAUUCCAGAUGUUACCCAUAUUGGUCACAGAUGUUCCAUUUAAACAAUAGCAAAAAUAUAUUUUUAAGUUUACAUGAUAAAAAAACCAAGAAUUAAAUAUAAAUUGUUUUAGGAUGCAAUAGAGAAUAGAAAAUUGGGUCUACCAGAUACAAACUUAUAUUUUCACACUUGCUUUUGGUUUGGAUGAAGAAAAGGGUGACCUUGAAGAAAAAGAGCUAUUAGAUUGAAGAAUCAUGAUUUGAGAUUUGUUUGGUAUGAUAAAGCCAAAGUGAAUGCAGAUUUUAAGAAUAAUUUUGUUAAGUUUGUUUAUUCGUGUCAGAAGCAUCACAAUUAAAAUAAGGCAUACUAUACAACAUAAAAUUUAAAAUAUAAAAUACAAGAUUAAAACAUGUAGAAGUUAAAUAAAGAUUGUCCAGAAACUAGCAA